AUGAAGCAAAAAAUUCUAAUUUUAAUAAUUUUCAUCAGUUUUGCCACAUUGAAAGCUGAAGGAACUGAGAAUCCUUCAAAUUUGACGCAUCAAUAUCCAAGCAUGCCAUACAUCCUUAAUUGCAGCUACGCCGAUCCAAUACCAUACCUUAAUAAUACAGCACAGAAAGUCAUUUGUUGGGUUAACAGCACAGUCAAUCAAUCAAUGGCUGCACAGCUUUGCCAAAGAUUCCAAAUGAAGCUUUUUACGAUCGAAUCUGCUGAAAUAUUCUUGAAAUAUCAAUUUUUAACAUUUAUUCGGUUUCAACACGAAAAUAAAAGUUUUUUCUUCAAUGCCAAGCUUUAUAGAACUAAUUUGAAGACUUUUACAACACCUGAAGUUCCUGUCUACAAUGGAUAUAAAUGGGCAUCAAAGACAUCUACUGGAUGUGUCGUCAUGACUCACGAUGGACAAGGAUCAUUCAAUCCUAAAGUUGUUGACUGUAACUUCUUGACUUCAUUCCAUUGUGAAUUCCGAAUCCCUGGUAAUUUUUUGUCUUUUGAGUUUUCAACGGUUUUGGAGAAUUCAAAUUUUUAACGGUUUUUUUUAAUUCAAAUUUUUAACCAUUUUUUAUUCAAAUUUUUAAAAUUUAAAUAUUUACCGAAUUUUUUUAAAAUUCAAUUUUUUAACGGUUUUUCUUAAUUCAAUUUUUUAGACUUUUCAUCUUCUUCGACGGCAAAAACAACGAAGGUUACAACAACCACAACAACGACAACAACCAAGUCAUCUCCAUCUACCACAAAACGAUCAACAACAACAACAUCUUCAGGCAAAAAGACAACAACUAAGCCAGUGUCUAUUGAACCAUCAAAUGCAAUUGACUUAACAGAUUGCAGCUACACAGAAGACCUUGAAUAUCCUGACAAGUCUUACAUGAAGUCUAUUUGUUAUGUUAAAGACUCUUACAGACAAUCAACAGCUGCAAAUGUUUGUGCUGAUAAAAAUAUGAAGCUGUUCACGAUCGGAAGUCUUAAACAGUUUGACGCGUACAAAAGUUCAAUUUAUUUACAUUUCCAGCGAAAAACUGAGCAGCACUUCUUCUUUAAUGCACGACUGUACAACGAUGAGUUGAAAACAUUCACAGAUCCAAAAGUUAAAGUAUACAGUGACUACAAGUGGGCAUCAAAGUCAUCAAAAGGAUGUGUCAUGAUGAUCAAAACUAAUAGUAAUGAUUUUAUGGUUCAAAGUGUUGAUUGCAGCACCAAAAAGACCUCUUUUCAUUGCGAAUAUGACUCAUCAAUCGUUUGUGAUGGAGACAAUAAGACAACAAUGAGAACUGACACUGAAGAAGGUCUAGUUGAAGGUACAAUCACAAGUAAAUUGUCAGAAGAAACAGCAUAG